UCGCGGGGCGGCAGCGCCUUGCUCAGAAGUGGCCCCACCGCGCGCGCACACCCCAGCCGCGGGGCCGCUCAGCGGAGCUCCCGGCAGGGGACGCGGCGGAGGGGCGCUGGACGCCCGGCGGGGGUCGGCCGCCCCCGCGGGCUGGGAGCGCGCCGCGGGCGGGGUGUCCCGGGGCGGCGCCCAGCCCCGCGCUCCGCCAAGUUUGCGCGCGGUCUCCGCCGACUCCCGGUUACCUGAGCCGGCGCUCACGUCACUGCCACAUCAUCUGGGCCUUUUAUAUUGCAAGGAAGCAGGAAAGAGGGAAGAAAAGCGGCGCCCGAGCGAGCCAAUCGCGGGCGGGCGGCGGCGGGAGGAGCGCGCGGGCCGGAGCGGGGCCCGAGCCGAGCCGAGGGGGCGGCGGCCGCUCCGGCCGGUCUGCGGCGCUGUCCGGGGCGGCGGAGAAGAUGCUGCAGUCCCUGGCCGGCAGCUCGUGCGUGCGCCUGGUGGAGCGGCACCGCUCGGCCUGGUGCUUCGGCUUCCUGGUGCUCGGCUACCUGCUCUACCUGGUCUUCGGCGCCGUGGUCUUCUCCUCGGUGGAGCUGCCCUACGAGGACCUGCUGCGCCAGGAGCUGCGCAAGCUGAAGCGCCGCUUCCUGGAGGAGCACGAGUGCCUGUCGGAGCCGCAGCUGGAGCAGUUCCUGGGCCGCGUGCUGGAGGCCAGCAACUACGGCGUGUCGGUGCUCAGCAACGCCUCGGGCAACUGGAACUGGGACUUCACCUCCGCGCUCUUCUUCGCCAGCACGGUGCUCUCCACCACAGGUUAUGGCCACACGGUUCCCCUGUCUGACGGAGGCAAGGCCUUCUGCAUCAUCUACUCUGUCAUCGGCAUCCCCUUCACCCUCCUGUUCCUGACGGCCGUGGUCCAGCGCGUCACUGUGCAUGUCACCCGCAGACCCGUCCUCUACUUCCACAUCCGCUGGGGCUUCUCCAAGCAGGUGGUGGCCAUCGUCCACGCUGUGCUGCUGGGGUUCGUCACCGUGUCCUGCUUCUUCUUCAUCCCGGCCGCCGUCUUCUCCGUCCUGGAGGAUGACUGGAACUUCCUGGAAUCCUUUUAUUUCUGCUUCAUUUCCCUGAGCACUAUCGGCCUCGGGGACUACGUUCCUGGAGAGGGCUACAAUCAGAAGUUCCGAGAGCUCUACAAGAUCGGGAUCACGUGCUACCUGCUGCUUGGCCUCAUUGCUAUGUUGGUGGUCCUGGAAACCUUCUGUGAGCUGCAUGAGCUGAAGAAAUUCAGAAAAAUGUUCUACGUGAAGAAGGACAAGGACGAAGAUCAAGUUCACAUUAUGGAGCAUGACCAACUGUCCUUCUCCUCCAUCACAGACCAGGCGGCCGGUUUGAAGGAGGAUCAGAAGCAAAAUGAGCCUUUUGUGGCCACACCGUCUGCCUCUGCAGAUGGCUCUGCAGGCCGCUGAGCCUGGGCCGUGCAGGGUCCUCCUGCGGCAGCAGGCCAGGCGUGAGGAGGAGGCUUGGUCAGGUCCACUCCAGGAGAGCAUCAAAGCCCAGAGGGGCCUCCUAAGGGCACCUACUGUUUGCAAUACUUUAAAAAUGUGGCACAAAGGUCGCUUUGACUCUGGAGGGGUGUCUGCUAACUGGGAGACAGGAUGUGUGCCUGUAUUUCACCUGCAACAAAACCAUCCAGACUUUACUAAUAGGAGAAGAACACUUGAAGCAGGGUGCCACAGUGGGUAGAAGCAGAUUUUAUACUUUUAACUGGGGACUUUGGGGUUUGCAUUUAAAUCACUGAGCUAGUGGCUAAAUAGCAACAUUUAUACUUAAAAGCAAAAAAUAAAA